CUACCUUCCUUCCUCUCUCCUUUGCAUGGCAGUAAUUAACUCCACCAACUAACCCACACCCACAGACCAGGCCACUUACAAGUUACAACAAUCAUUAAACCUUCGACUUAUUAGUUACCAUACGGUAAAUUAAAAAAAAAAAGGGAAAUACAAACAAUUACAAUAUUUAAUUGGCUAUUAGCCUAUUACCGUUGGAAUUAUCAGUGAUUAGUUAUAGACACGUGCUAUGUUGAUGUUAAAUUGAUAACUUAAGCACAUGCUUGCUGAUAUAAUACUAGCUAGUUAAGCAAUGAACCUAUAACACAUUGGACAUAGCCAAAAAUCCUAUUUAAGUUGAGGAUGUAGUCUUCCGUUUAAACUCGUUUCAUGUAGCUGUAUUUGAUUAGCUAGUAUAAGUUUUUUUUGCAUGCUUUUGGGGUGAUUUUAGGCUGAGCGGACGCUUUAUCAGAGUUAGCAUGAUGGAACCGCUUUGAGGAAAAAACUUAUGAAGGUUUGAUUAUAAUAUUUUGACUAAAGACUAAGCUCGAGGAGCAUGAGAUCAUUGAAUCUUGUGACUAAAAACCAAGUUGUGCUUCACUUUCAUUCCAGAUGAUGAUCGAUGAUGUAUAAUUUUCACUUGAGCCAAUUACCACAAACAUUUUUCAAUGUCCACCACCUCAAUAUAAUGUAAGCCACCAUUCAUAGUUUCAUACCACAAUAGGGCUCGACGGCUUUCCCACAGUUCUAGUACGUGUGAUGAGAAGGGUGAGGAUCUAGAACUCGUGUGAAGAAUCGACAUUCAUCUACCGUACUCGUGUUUGAACGUAUGUGGGAAGUUCCUGCCAUAUUUGGCCACUCUAGAAACUCAAUGACAAGCUCGUAUUUCACCAACAUUAAGAUCGAACAAUCGUAUUUUUUGAGAGGCAUUCAUCCAUCGACAGAACUAGUAUUUGAUCGUAUCGGAGAGUUGCCACCAGGUUAGUCAUUCCAGAAUGCAAUGACAAGCUCAUACGGAAUUAAAGUUUAGGACACCAUUUCUUGAUGACCCUAAAUUUUAGGGUCCUUUUUUUCAAUUGUCCCUAAGAAAUGAAGCCACUACUUAUACACACACCUUCCAAUUCCCAUACUCAGUCCCAAAAACAAUUUACCAAUAUAAUCCCCAAAACACCCGCUCCUCUCCACUUCCAUCGCUUUCUUUCCUCUCCUCCGCUCCCUCAUUUCCCCCUUCUUCUCCACAAAUUCAGCUCAACCCAAAUUCCCCCUCAUGGCCGGAACCGGCGGAAUCACCGCCGCCACCCUCCUCCUAGCACUCGCCGCCGUACUCCUCUCCUCGUGCUCCGGCACCGCCGCGGCCAAAUCCAGGACAUUGUACGAGAUCGCCUGCGAAAUGUGCUCCACUUGCUGCGGAACGACUCCGACUCUGCCGCCCCCUUCACUUCCUCCGCCGUCCCCGCCGCCUCCUUCCCCGCCAUCGUCCGGCGGGUCGUACUACUACUCCCCGCCGCCGCCGUCCUCAACUUCCGGCUACUACCCGCCUCCGUCGAAGGGGAACAACAACGGAGGAGGCGGCGGCGGCGGCAUCGGGGGGACGUACAACUACCCGCCGCCGACGUACUCGAACUACCCAGGCCCGCCGCCGCCGAACCCGAUCGUCCCUUACUUCCCUUUUUACUUCCACACCCCGCCGCCGCCCGAUUCCUCUGCCGCCACCAGCUGCUCCCCCUUGCUUCUCCUCUCUGCUCUGUUUUUCUUCCUUGUGAUUCAGCCAUAGAAACAGGGGAAAUUUUACUCAAGUUAGCGGAAUAAUUGGGCAGAUCUGGGAGCUUCAGCCAUGGGAGAAAGAAACGGAAGGAAAGGGCAUCGAAGACGACGGAGAGAUUCCAGUUCCCCAAGGUGGCGCGGAAUCCAUUGCGGAAUUUGCGGGAAGAAAAAUGAGCUGUAAACAGAGCUUCCUCCUCUCUGCAUCUGGUAAUCUGCUGAACAAAAAAAAAAAAAAAAAAUUGUAUCUUAUUGGAGUCGGAGAUUAUAUUUUAAAAAUAUUUUCUUUAAUUUUCAGCUUUCUUUUUGGCAAUUUGUAUGUAUGAUGGAUUCGGAGAAUGACAAGUAAUUGAUUUCUAAUUAGACCCUAUUUUUCCCCUGAUAAACACAUUAUGAACAUUAGCAAAUCCUGGAUUUGGAUGUUUUCAUUGGCUCUUUUUGUUAUAUUUUUUUAUUUAAUUUUAUUGGAAAAUUAUGGGUGGGAUAUCUUUCAAGUGAGUGUCGGUAGUGGGCACAGUGGGUCUGGUUCUGGUCAGUCAGGUCGGUUAGCUGUUUUAAGGUUUGAUGGGAUUGAAUUUGGUGGUGAAGUUUGGUAAUUUGAUUGAAUGUGUUGAUUAAUGCGUUAAUAUUAAGUUAAGUGUAACAAAGCGAACCAGAGGUAAUGUGGAUACUAAUGAAGGUGCGUGAAAAAAGUAAGUUAUGUAACAUGAAUAUAAGUGAAUUCACGUGAAUAAUUUAUACAAUCGAGUGAAAAUGUGAAUUUUACGCACGAAUAAUAGGAUGUCUCAAAAUAUAACAUCUAUAUUUUUAUAUAUUAUAACUACCAUUUACCACUUGCUAUUAAUAUAUAUAAAGCUGAAGUAAGUUUACUGUUGCAUAAAAACUUACUUUUUGAUAUCCAAAUUUAAUUAAAUCAUAAUUUAAUCACUAUAAUGUACAUUUUGCAUUAUGAUAUCUCAAAUUUAAUUUUAAUGUAAAUUCAUUGAACAAUUAUAUUUUGGUAUCUACAUUUUAUAAGAUUUUCGUACCUACAAUUUUUAAAAUUUACAUAUUGGUCUAAUAUUUAGAUUUCACUUUAAUGCAUGGAUAUCCAUACCCAACUCAUACACAUUUAGAUUAUGGAAGUAAAUAUCCAUACCCUACUCAAACCCUUCUACAAACUUCCAAACUCACAUAUACGUCACUCAUACCCUACCCAUUAUCAAGUCAAUAUUACUAACAAACUUGCUAAAUUUUUUUAGGUUUAGACGACUAAUAAUACUAACAAAACACUAUAAAGGGCAACAUAAUACAUGCCAAUAGGAUAUCUCCACCCCGCGACAAGGCGCGGCAUCGCCACCUAGUUUUACUUAUUUGAGGAGUGAGUUCUAUAGGUGGAGGGCAAUAUUAUUACUUCAUUGGAAAUCAAGUAGCAAGUAGCAACCGUGGCUCCAUCAUUGGGGUUAUUAGGUUAACAAUAACAUCAUCUUCCAUAAUUACUCAAGGCAAAGUGUGGAUUAUUUAUUGGGUUACUAAGUUACAAUGUGGCGCGACUAGAUUUUCUCCUUAUUUCAUCUAUGGUAUGGAUCACUAGGUAGAUGCUUUUUUUGUGGUGAUCUUCAAUUGUCUGAUUUGAUAACAUGAGAAUCGAUUGCUUACAUGGGUUCAUCGAAUACUUGCUAACGUGAAAAUAUAUUUACAUAACCUUUGCACAAUACAGUUUCUACAUGCUCAUAUGGGAGCGGUAGCAGCAUUAAAACUUGAACUACAACAUAUCUUUUUUAUAUGCAUUUACUAAACUAACCUCAUAUGAGAUUAGAUCAAAUAGGGUCACCUUUGAUUCUCAAGAAAAAGGAGGCAAGGGAGAAUCAAGAAAUGUUACUUUGUGCUAAGUCGUAAAAGAGAGGGGCGAAGGAUGUAGCAGUUGAAGAGAGAUCUUAAUUAGAUUGCCAGCCAGCCUAAUCAAUAUCUGACAGUGGAAAGAAAGUGAAGAAAGGGGUUGAUGAGAUUAUUGAGAUCAGCUUCCCGCCGCCGGCUGCAUCCAGUCAAAAGAGGUGUCGCCGCCGUUACGUUUGUUUGUUUGUUUGUCUGCAGUUAUUAACCAUUUCACCCUCUAUUCUUGACCACCACGGCGUAGGGAGUAAAUGGUUGUAAUGUGG